AUGGUUCUCUUCUUAAUAUUUAUCGUGAUCAUCGUUCUGCUCCUCUGGAAAUGGCUCGACAUUCGCAGCACCGAUGAGCUUAUGAACGUGGCAGGCCUUCUGGGCAGCGCAAACGGACAGCAUGUGCUCUCGAAUGUAUUCCAGGUGCUUUUCAUCGUUGUUUAAAUUAUUUCCAAAAAGUGUUUCCAAUUUUGGACAGAACCUAGUGGGUGUUACUUACCUAGCAGCUUUUGGAGAGGAAGUCUCGGAAAACAGGUGUAAAAGUUUUGGUAUAUUCUGACCGAAGUAAAAUGACAACAUUGGAGUGAAUUCAACAUGAGCAUCCGAAAAUAGAUGCAAAACUCUAGAACGCAAAUGUACAGGGAUUUCGAUUUCUGAAGCAAACACUAAAGGGAAUGCGCUAUAAGAGAAACAUGAUUUUUGUUUAAUUUUUUGUCAAAAUCCUUAAGAGCAUAUAAUUUUCACAUUAAGGUCGAUGAGAAAUCGAAGCGUCAUGGUGGAGAGCUCGUCGCCUCGGUGCUCAAAGCGCACGAUGUCGAAGAGAUCUUCGUUCUGUGCGGAGGACACAUUUCCCCGAUUCUCGUGGCCGCCGAGAAGCUCGGCAUCAAAAUUGUGGAUACCAGACAUGAGGUACAUACGGAACACUUGAGCUUUCAUGUCAAGACCCUCCUUCGCAGGUGACGGCUGUCUUCGCCGCCGACGCUGUUGCCCGUCUCCGUCAGUCGAUUGGAGUCGCCGCUGUGACCGCCGGACCGGGACUCACCAACACAAUCACGGCAGUCAAGAAUGCUCAAAUGGCCGAGAGUCCACUGCUUCUCAUCGGAGGAGCUGCGCCCACGCUUUUGAAGGGCAGAGGAGCACUUCAGGUGAGAAUUUGAAGUUGCUUUGAAUGUGUUCGCUGUAAAUUUUAUAAAUUAGGCACUGAUUUAGAUAAUUUUGUCGCUGCUUUUUUUAAUUCAGUCGCUGCUUUUGAUAAUUCCGUCGCUGAUUCUGAUAAUUUUGUCGCUGCUUUCUUUAAUUCAGUCGCUGCUUUUCUUAAUUCCGUCGCUGAUUCUGAUAAUUUUGUCGCUGCUUUUUAAAAUUCAGUCGCUGCUUUUGAUAAUUCCGUCGCUGAUUCUGAUAAUUUUGUCGCUGCUUUUUAUAAUUCCGUCGCUGAUUCUGAUAAUUUUGUCGCUGCUUUCUUUAAUUCAGUCGCUGCUUUUGAUAAUUUUGUCGCUGCUCUGAUAAUUAAACAAUACUCAUCUUUGCAGGACAUCGACCAAAUGGUUCUGUUCCGUCCGCUGUGCAAGUACGUGGCACGUGUCGAACGCCUCCGUGACAUCGUGCCGACCGUCCGUGAAGCCAUCAAAGCCGCAAAGUCCGGGUGCCCAGGCCCCGUGUUCGUGGAGUUCCCAGUCGAUGUGCUCUAUCCGUACGAGUUGGUUGUCAAGGAGAUCGGUUUCAACCCGAACGCUAAAGGAUUCAUCCAGAAGGCGCUGAACUAUUAUCUCCGUUGCCACGUGUCUCGUCAGUUCUCCGGAGCUUGGAUCCCACAGGAAAUAACUCCGUUGCCGACGAACGUCCCAAUGCCGAAAAGCGAACAAAUUCAAGAGAUUGUUCGAUUGGUGAAAUCUGCCAAACGUCCAGUUCUCCUCAUCGGAUCCCAAGCGACUCUCCCACCUGUGAAGCCUUCUGACCUCGUGAAAGCCGUCGAGGCUCUCGGAUGCCCAGUAUUCCUUGGAGGAAUGGCUCGUGGAUUGCUCGGAAAGGAUCAUGAACUUCAGAUGCGUCAGGUGCGUCGUGACGCCCUCAAGGAUGCCGAUUUGACCAUUCUGGCCGGAACCGUCUGCGAUUUCCGUCUCAGCUACGGUAGAACUCUCUCGAAAAAGAGCAAAAUUGUGGCUAUCAACAGAAACUACAGCCAACUAACGAAGAACGAGAAAGCCUUCUGGAAUUCGGAUGUUUCUGUGCAAGCCGACGUCGCCACGUCACUAGUCCAAGUGGCCAACGCGCUCGGAGCCAACUACAGCAAACCGACGGAAUGGGUGAAGAGUCUCCGCGAUAAGGACAAUGAGAAGGAGACGGCGAACGCCAAGAAAAUGACCGCGAAGCUGACGAACGGAUUCCUGAACCCACUGAACUUCCUCCGAACCUUGGACCAGGCCUUGCCCGAUGACGCUAUUCUGGUUGCCGACGGUGGAGACUUUGUCGGAUCCGCCGCCUACAUUGUCCGUCCACGUGGCCCGCUCCAAUGGCUCGACCCCGGAGCGUUCGGAACCCUUGGCGUCGGCGGAGGAUUCGCUCUCGGUGCCAAGACCGUCUAUCCGAACCGCCCCGUCUACAUCAUCUGGGGAGACGGAUCCUGCGGAUAUUCCCUUAUGGAAUACGACACUUUUGCCAGACACAAGUUGCCGGUCAUCGGAAUCGUCGGAAACGACGCGUGCUGGACCCAAAUCGCCAGAGAGCAAGUGCCAAUGUUCCAGAGCUCUGUCGCGGUUGACUUGGCGGUGAGAGAUAGUGAGAGAAUGGCACUUACCCCGUAAUUUUUGCAGAGAACUCGCUACGACAACGUCGCCAAAUCGUUGGGUGCAUGGGGAGAAACGAUCGAGGAGACGAACGUCGACUCGACCCGUCAGAUUCUCGACGAAGCACUCGCCGUGUGCCGCUCCGGAAAACAGUCGGCUCUUGUAAACGUGCUUAUCGGAAAAACCGACUUCAGAGAGGGAUCCAUCUCUGUCUGA